AUGAAGCUUAUACACAAAAAUAUUGAAAAAGAUGGCUGCGGAAGUAUCGGCCUUAUCCCAGAAGAACCAGAAGAUAUGUGGCAUGCCUACAACCUAAUAGCAGAAGGCGACGCAGUGACUGCAUCAACUGUAAGGAAAGUACAGACUGAAUCUUCUACUGGUUCUUCUACUAGUAGCCGUGUGAGAACUACUCUAACAAUCAGAGUCGAGAUAAUCGAUUUCGACACUCAAGCAUGUGUUUUGCGUUUAAAGGGGCGCAAUAUUUUAGAGAAUCAAUAUGUAAAGAUGGGUGCAUAUCAUACUUUAGAUUUGGAACAAAAUAGAAAGGUCAUUUUACAAAAAAUCCUUUGGGAUUCAGUAGCACUUGAUAGAGUUGAAACAGCUUGUGAUCCAGCCGCUUCGGCUGAUGUGGCUGCUGUGGUUAUGCAGGAGGGCUUAGCUCAUGUAUGUCUCAUUACACCUUCUAUGACAUUAGUGAGAUCUAAAAUAGAUAUGACUAUACCGAGGAAGCGAAAAGGAUUUGUUCAACAACAUGAAAAGGGUCUCACCAAGUUUUAUGAUGCUGUAAUGCAAGGUAUAUUACGACACAUAGACUUUAACAUAGUGAAAUGUGUUAUUAUUGCUUCCCCUGGUUUUGUCAAAGAUCAGUUCUUUGACUAUAUGAUGCAACAAGCAAUCAAGACAGACAACAAACUUCUUAUGGAUAAUAAAGGAAAGUUUUUGCUGGUAAAAGCUUCAUCAGGAUUUAAACAUUCUUUGAAAGAGGUUCUUCAAGAACAAUCAGUAAUGGCUAAGAUAUCAGACACAAAGGCUGCUAGUGAGGUGAAGCUGUUAGAAAGUUUUUAUACAAUGUUGCAACUGGAACCAGCUAAAGCUUUUUAUGGGAAGAAACAUGUUGAGAGGGCAAAUGAAGCACUUGCAAUAGAAACUCUAAUGAUUUCCGAUAAAUUAUUCAGGUGUCAAGAUGUUGCGAAGCGAAAGGAAUAUGUAGCACUUGUAGAUUCGGCGAGAGAAAAUGGUUGCGAUGUAAGAAUAUUUUCAAGUAUGCAUGUCUCUGGUGAACAAUUGGAUCAACUAACCGGCAUAGCAGCUAUCUUGCGCUUUCCGAUGCCUGAGCUUGAAGAUAGCGAUACCGAAGGGGACAGCGAUACAGAGUCGGAU